GUGGCCAAAAUGGCUGGGUUAUAUAGGAAUCAGAAGCUGGGGGAAGGGAAGUGAAGCUCAGAUACUGCAGAGGUUUAGGGUAGGGAGGUGUGAGAAGUGCUGAGAGGAGCCAGGACUCUGUAACAGAUACUUGCUAUGCAUGCUGAGAGAGCAGGUGUGUGUGUGUGUGUGUGCAUAUGUUAAAUAGGCACCACAGUUAGCUAUUUGUCCAGGGUUUCUUUGGGUUCUGAUACUCCCUAGACCAGGCUGGUUUUGAACUAAGUAUCUUCUUUUCUCUGCCUCCAGUGUUGGAUCACAGACAUGCACCACCUCACCCGACUCUUUAUUAUUUUAUUUAUGUUGGGGCAGGAGUAUGGAGGUCAGAGGACACCUUGCAGGAACUGGUGUUUUACCAUGUGGGUCUGAGGGAUUGAACUGAGGCCGCCAGGCUUGGUAGCAUCUCGCUGGCUCUCUAGACAGUGAACCUUGACUCAGCAAAAUAAACAAAAGCGCUGCCUUUGCUCAAUUCCAGGUGAUAUAGAACACACACACACAUACUCAAAAUGUUUCUCACUGGAAAAUUCCAAAUUGUUGCUGGAGCUCCUUGGAGCUCUUUCAAAAAUACCAUCCGAAGGGUUGAGAGUCCCUGUGUUCUCUUCCAUCCUCCCCACUGUGUGAGCCUGCUGUUGGGCAGGAAGCUCCUCUUCUCUUCUCUCAGGAGAAUGAGCUUGGAUGAAAAGCCUGGCACCUUUCCUGUUCAUUCCCAUAUGUGUUCAGUUGGCUCUUUAAUACGAACUGGGCAGCAUUUAAAUUUGUCUCUCAGGUUUUGUUCUUUUGGCCAGAGGAUAGCUUGUGAAAACACAUGUCCUCGCUGUGGCUUUUUCUCUUAGUGACCUCUUGAAAUUCCAUGAGCGACAAGCAGAUGAUGGGAGUGAUGGGGAUAAUGGAGAUGAUGGAGAUGAUGGGAAAGAGGGAGUGGUCCUGGGGGAUGCCCCUUAAAAGCCAGAGUUGAUAUCAAGGCCGGGAGAGCACAAAGGUGAAGACUCAAAGAGAGCAUUAUGUUCCGCUUUGGCCCACUCCACUGUAGAAAAGACACAGCCAGCAAAUGCAGAGAGAAGCUUCUGUGAAGGGAUUAAAUAAAGGGAACCGAGGAAGAAAACAAAGCCACUAGUAAGCGGGUCAUCCAGCUAGGGAACCGCCCCUGUAGGUUAUCCACAGGGCCUGCCAGGCUUGACCGUUUCCUCCCCUCAGCUGAGAGUGCAUGUGGGUGAAUCAGUCUUGAUGGGAUGUGUUGUCCAGCGCACAGAAGAGAAACACGUGGACAGAGUGGAUUGGCUCUUCUCGAAAGAUAAAGAUGAUGCGAGUGAAUAUGUGCUGUUCUACUAUUCCAACCUUAGCGUGCCUACGGGGCGCUUCCAGAACCGGUCACAUUUGGUGGGGGACACCUUCCAUAAUGAUGGUUCUCUCCUGCUCCAAGAUGUUCAGAAGGCCGAUGAGGGAAUCUACACCUGUGAAAUCCGCCUCAAAAAUGAGAGCAUGGUGAUGAAAAAGCCCGUGGAACUGUGGGUGCUACCAGAGGAACCUAAAGAUCUCAGAGUCCGAGUAGGUGAUACAACUCAGAUGAGAUGUUCUAUCCAGAGCACAGAAGAGAAACGGGUGACCAAAGUAAACUGGAUGUUUUCUUCAGGAAGCCAUACUGAGGAGGAGACAGUCUUGAGCUAUGACUCCAACAUGCGUAGUGGAAAAUUCCAGAGCCUGGGCCGCUUCCGCAACCGUGUAGACCUGACAGGUGACAUCUCCCGCAAUGAUGGCUCAAUCAAACUUCAAACAGUGAAGGAGUCUGACCAAGGAAUCUACACUUGCAGCAUCUACGUGGGAAAGCUGGAGUCCAGGAAAACCAUUGUGCUGCAUGUGGUCCAGGACGAAUUUCAAAGGACAAUUUCACCAACUCCUCCAACUGAUAAGGGUCAGCAGGGCAUCCUGAAUGGAAAUCAGCUGGUGAUCAUUGUGGGGAUCGUCUGUGCCACCUUCCUGCUGCUUCCGGUUUUGAUAUUAAUUGUGAAGAAAGCCAAGUGGAAUAAGAGCUCAGUAAGUUCUAUGGCUUCUGUGAAGAGCCUGGAGAACAAAGAGAAGAUUAAUCCAGAGAAGCAUAUCUACUCCUCCAUAACUACGUGGGAGACGACAGAGAGAGGAAUAAGUGGAGAGUCAGAGGGCACCUACAUGACCAUGAAUCCAGUUUGGCCUUCUUCCCCCAAAGCAUCCAGUUUGGUCCGCUCUUCAGUCAGAUCCAAGUAAUGUGGUUGAAAAGAAAAAAAAAAAAAGUCACCUUGGGGAAUUUCCAAAACCGAGCAAACUUUCUGAGAAGGAGGAGAGACUCUUUUUGAUGGUCCCUGGGACUACUGUGCCAGCUAUUUUAGACUUGUGCAUUCCAUCUGGUCUUGGCCUCCAUCAAAAGGCUGAAGACGGAGGGUUUGGAGUCUGGCAGGAAGGCUGAACUGCUCCGGAUAACCAGGCACUGAUGAGGGGAGGGAGACCUCGGACUUCUCCCAGAAGUGGUGUGCGGGCUGGUGAGGAUGGGGAGCAGCCUGGUCUGCCUUGUGCUUUCAAGCUCUCCAUUGGACUGGAUCUGUAACGUGAACAGUGGUUUGCUUGUUUGUUGUUCGUUUUUGCGGAUGAGCUACUAAGAGACACACAGAGAUAUAAACCAAAAAAAAAAAAAAUUAUUUUGAUGAAUUAUCCCCAAAUAGGUGUGAUUUGUUGGAAUCAUCUUUUUUUAUGUCCCAGAUGAAGGACAAGUGGGGAAAUUUGAAGCAUGGAACUCCUGAGAGAGUGUUCUUUGAGGAGAGCCACAAUGGACUCAGCAUCUGGGGACUGGUUUGGAUCUGGGGGGAAGACUUAGGGGUAACCCAUUGGAAGUGGGAUAUGAGAACAGCUCUGGGAUUUCCUCGGGCUGGGAAUCUGCACUGAUGGCUGAAGCUAGGCCUGUGGAGUUUGGACAUCCAUGUUUUCCAAAUGCAUUGAACAGGCUUGCCAAAGCGAACAGCCAACGAUUGAAUCCUUGGUCUGAAAUAUGAGACUCCUGUACUUUUCAUUGUUAUCAUGAGACUUAAACAGGUUGAUCUUAUUUAAAUAUUUUUUUUUUAAAUGGGAGUGGUGCUGGAGAGAUAGCCCAUCAGUUAAGAGAACUGACUGCUCUUGCAGAAGACUGGGGUUUGAUGCCCAGCAUCCACAUGGUGGCUCAUAACUGUAACUCCAAUUCCAAGGGAGCUGACACCUUCUUCUGGCCUUUGUGGUCCCUGCAUGUGCAAGGUACAUGGACAUACAUACAUAUAUAUAAAAGUUUUUUAAAAAUGGUCAAUAAAAACUAAAAGUGUUGAUCUUA